AUGGCAAAUUCCAUACCCACUCUACAACAAGCCGCCGUGGUGCAAAACCCAGGAGAAAAUGCAACCAUUGCUCUUCGGAAUGAUAUGCCUGUCGCAAGUCCCGGACAGAAUGAAGUUCUUAUCAAAUUGACUUGCACCGGUUUGUGCCGCUCAGAACUCCGCGCCGUUUUAGCCUGGGGCGCAUACAACUCCAUCAUUGGCCACGAAGGUAUCGGAAUCGUAGUGAAAGCAGGACCCGAAGUCUCGGACUCCCUUCUCGGCGAACGCGUCGGCGUCAAAUGGCUCUACAGUGCAUGCAAUGAAUGCUCAGUCUGCAAACGAGGAUUCCAAAAUCAUUGUCCGCAGCAGCUCAAUACAAGUCGCCAUGUUCCCGGAACAUUGCAGCAAUACGUUAUCGCUGAUGCGCGGUUCCUGACUUUACUCCCGGAGGGCGUGGCUGACGAAGUUGCGGCGCCAUUACUGUGCGCUGGACUUACGAUGGUUGGUGCUUUGUCGAAACUUGGUAAUGAGCUGCGGGCUGGUGACUUUGUUGUUAUUUCAGGGUCUGGGGGCGGGUUGGGCCAUAUUGGUGUGCAAAUUGCGGCGAGGAUGAAAAACUUGCGUGUUAUUGCGGUUGAUAGUGGGGAUGAUAAGAGAGCACUGAGUUUGGAGUCUGGAGCGGAGGUUUUCUUUGAUUACAAGACCGAAGAUGUCAUUGCUCGAGUGCGUGAGUUCACUGGAGAGGGCGCGCAUGCCACAAUCGUCGUGCCAGGUACGAAGGAAGCUUUGAAGAUGGCACCUAACCUGGUGAGAAACAUGGGUUUUGUUGUCAAUGUCGGCUUGCCGCCGAAUAAUUUGGACAUUCCUCUUUCGGCUACGCUCUGUACAGCGAGAGGUCUCACGUUUAUAGGGUCGUCUGUAGGCACCGAAGAUCAGUUGACCGACUUACUGCAAGCGGCAUCUGUUGGCAAGAUAGUGCCAUCGAUCGAAGUCUUUGAUUUCUCGGCUGUGCCGACUUUGAUAGAGAAACUGAGGGAGGAUGGCAUUACAGGAAGAGCAGUGGUCACACUACCACAGUAA